AUGUUCUUUCGCACAAUCAUCGACAUCAUCAACAAAUCUUACCUUGGAGGUAUCUACAUCCUGAACAGACUCGAACACAAAGUUUUCAGCAGUCUGAUACACAGAUUGCAGUUGCAGCAGCCUAGAAAGGCGUUUUUCGUCCACCAUUCGUCUACCCUUCGCGCCACGAGACCCGACCCUAGAAAGACAGCCACCCGCUUUACCCCGCUACAGCAGCUUACGGGUGGCAGGCUUGAUUUCGGAGGAGAAAAAUGUACAGAAAACGUCUGUGUCCUCCCCAGCCCCACUGGGUGGGAGAAGGUUGACAAAAACUACAGAAGGGAUGUGAUCUUUCCUCAAGCGUUCCUGCAGCCAACACUUCUCGCGACUUACAAUCAGACUUACCUGCCAAGCCCCUGCAUCCUCUCUCAGCCUCAAUUAAUCAUCCGCUUCAUUAACCUGGGCAGAGAAAGUACAAGUUUGUCUGUGAGGAAGAAACAUAAGAAACAUAAGAAACAUAAGUGUGGUCGUCUUUGUGCCACCAUCGCCACCAUCGCUGGCGUCCUCGCUGCUGUUAUCGCCGCGGUUGGUCACAACACUCGUGUUGACUCAAACCAGAGCAGCAGCAAGUACAUCUGACACUGCAAGUGUCUC